AUGGCCAGUCCAGCCUUCCCAGACCACAUGGCCGACCAGACCCCAUGCACCGCAUCCGAGGCCAGCACCGACGACGCUGAGCGAGCCGAGGCGAUCACUCCCGCUGCCUUCUACGCCGCCGCCGCCGCGUCCGCUCUUGGCUUCGGUGGCGGCCGCAGGACUGUGGCGACAGCAGUCGCUGCCAACAAGCUGGCGUGGGUGCCUCACGACUGGUCGGCGGCACGCAACGGCUACGAGAACGCCUUGGCCGGCCCGAUGCAGGAGGACGUCUGCUUUCAUGUCAACGCGGAGCUGCAGGCGCAGGGCCACGGCGGGCCCGAAGGCCACUUCUGCGUCAACGCGGCGGUCGAGAUGUCCCUGCUCUACGCGCGCGGGUGUGGGCUCUACGCGCAAGACGAGUUCCUUCGCGACCACCUCGAGGAGCAGGACACCCUGCUCGUCUCGGUCGGAGGCAACGACAUCGCCCUCCAGCCCCUCCUCGCCACGCUCGCCAACGUCGGCGCCCUCGCCCUCACACCCGAGGCAGCGCCGGCCGGAGAGCGGACCCGCCGUGCAGACAGCGUCUUGCGUCUCACGUGCGCUGCGUGCCUCCGGCCCGAGCGCACCUGCGCCUGCCCGCUGGACUGCCCCUUCGACGCCGACCACGCGACGUGCGGGACGGCCGCCUGCCUGCGGACGGGCUUGGCGGGGUGGCCGCUCGGGCUCGGCUACAUCGUCGACCUCUUCCGCAACAAGGUGGAGAGGUACGUGCGGCGGCUGGUCGGCAAGACGCGGCCGCGCAAGGUCGCGUGCACUCCGUACGGCUGGGCCGACCCUGCCCUGUGCUGCCUCGGCUACAACUGGGCGCCCGCCUCCAACCGAACGCCUCCCGGCGGCGUCGCAGUGGUCGCUUUCCCGCUCUUCGAGGUGCUCGACGGAAAGACGAGCUCCGACUACCACUCGCGUGUCGAGCCCUCCUCUGCGGGCGGCCGCAAGAUGGCGCGCGCCCUCGUCAAGUGCGCAAUGGCGCCACUCCAGCCGGCUCCCCGCCAGCCGCCCGCUCCCCACCUCCAGCCGUGGGUCGAGACCCCCCGCUCACUGAAGGUGCCCACGCCGCCGGAGCCGCGCGAGAUGGAGCGCGAGAAUGCUCAGGACGACGGCGACACGGACCCAACGUGCUGA